AAAAAAAAAAAAACAAACUGAGGUGUGUCACUGCUGCACAGAGGCUGAUGAAGAGACUUGAGCACUCUCUGGGACUCUCAGCUGAGACAGAAGCACUGACACUGUCUACUGAAGCAGGUUCUGAAACACUCAUGUGCAGUGUAACAGAUGCUGGGCAGGGCACCUGCUAGCUGUAGCCAGGACUUCAGGCUUCUUUAAUUCCAAGCCAUGAAUGACUCCAGGUGGACAGAAUGGAGGAUCCUGAACAUGAGCAGUGGCAUUGUGAAUGUGUCUGAGCGUCACUCCUGCCCACUUGGAUUUGGCCACUACAGUGCAGUGGAUGUCUGUAUCUUCGAGACAGUUGUGAUUGUCUUGCUGACAUUUCUCAUCAUUGCUGGGAACUUGACAGUUAUCUUUGUCUUUCAUUGUGCUCCACUCUUACAUCAUUAUACUACCAGCUAUUUCAUUCAGACGAUGGCAUAUGCUGAUCUCUUCGUUGGAGUGAGCUGCCUGGUUCCUACUCUCUCCCUUCUCCACUACUCCACAGGUGUCCACGAGUCAUUGACUUGCCAGGUUUUUGGAUAUAUCAUCUCAGUUCUGAAAAGUGUUUCUAUGGCAUGUCUUGCUUGUAUCAGUGUGGAUCGCUAUCUAGCAAUAACCAAGCCUCUUUCCUACAAUCAACUGGUCACCCCUUGUCGCCUGAGAAUUUGCAUUAUUUUAAUCUGGAUCUAUUCCUGCUUAAUUUUCUUGCCUUCCUUUUUUGGCUGGGGGAAACCUGGUUACCAUGGUGACAUUUUUGAAUGGUGUGCCACUUCUUGGCUCACCAGUGCCUAUUUUACUGGCUUUAUUGUUUGUUUACUUUAUGCUCCUGCUGCCCUUGUUGUCUGCUUCACUUACUUCCACAUUUUCAAGAUUUGCCGGCAGCACACCAAAGAGAUAAAUGACCGAAGGGCCCGGUUCCCAAGUCAUGAAGUAGAUACUUCUAGGGAGACAGGACACAGCCCUGACCGCCGCUACGCCAUGGUUUUAUUCAGGAUAACUAGUGUGUUUUACAUGCUUUGGCUCCCCUAUAUCAUUUACUUUCUUCUAGAAAGCUCCCGUGUCUUGGACAACCCGACACUGUCCUUCUUAACAACUUGGCUUGCUAUAAGUAACAGUUUUUGUAACUGUGUGAUAUACAGCCUCUCCAACAGUGUUUUCCGGCUAGGCCUCCGAAGACUGUCUGAGACAAUGUGUACCUCUUGUGUGUGUAUGAAAGAACAGGAAACACGAGACCCCAAGCCUAGGAAACGGGCUAAUUCCUGCUCCAUUUGAAGAGACUACAUAGUAAAUCAAAUGUAACCUGACAGUGGUUUUGGAUCAUAUUUGUAAUUCAUUUGGGAAUUUGCCACCAGGGAAAUAUUUACUUAAAUAGUUGAUUAUUAAAUGAAAGAUGAGACUAGAGUUUUUGGGUUUUUUUUUUUUUUCAUUUUCAUGGAAGAAACUAAAGGAAAGCUUGUAUAGAGGGUUAUCUCUUGAAAUAAUUCUAGCGUGUGGGUAAGAAUGUGAAGUAAUAGGGAAAAUUAAGCACUGAGGAUGAAAUAAAGUAUCUCAGAUCUUCUGCAGGACAUGUGCAGGCCCCUCCGGCAUUUCUCUAUCUUCCUGUCUGACUGUCCUCUCUACUUCUCUUUGUUUCUAGUUUUGUCUCCCUCUGUUCUUUUACUCUUUGUGUUUGUGGAAGCCAUCACUUACAUAAAUUGCCCUUUAUAGAAAAAUGCUACAUAGUAUAUAUGUAGCAAAGUGUCAUCUUUUACAUCAAAGUGUACUUUUGCACAAAGUAAUCUACAAUCCCUAAGUGGUCUCUUCAUGGAGAGUCUACAGUAAGCGUUAUAUUUUAUUACUUGCCACACAGCCCCCUUGCUUGUGUUUUUAUAAUCUCUGCUGCACAAAUUUUCUGCUACAAACAGAGACAAUAUUUUUGUUUCUUCUGGGUAAAAUGACAUUUCCUUCCUCUCCUUUUCCUAACAGCCUGUUUUUGCUUUUUUCUCUUUUUCAUGCUCUGCACUCUUUGAUACCUUACUUCAGAAAUGUCUUAGCUAAUGAAAGAAUCUACUGUAUAAAGCAUUCAUAAUGUUAAAUAAUUUAGUCCUUCCAACAAAGCAAUCUGGUAGCCUGUUAAAUAUUUUUAAUGGCUUUUGGAAAUAUUUUUAUAUUAUUUUUAAAAAAUUAGU